AUGUCAUUUGGAAGAGGUUCUCCAAGAUUCAACAUGAUGCAAGCUGCAGUUAUGCAAAAGAAGCUAUCACCACGUAGUGGUAGCCAAUAUAAGAAGGGAGCAUCACCAAAAGUGGCAACCAUACAGAAGAAGGUGUCAUCACCAAAAGACCGUUCUAGAGCAUCUUGGAACAUUGGACUCGAAAAAGGUUUGGUUGAGUUGCUUCAUCAGCACAACAAUGACUGCUACAGGGGUCAAAAUGGAUGGUCAUCAGAAGCAUGGAACAUAAUUGUUAGAAUUUUCCAUGAAAAGUUCCCUUAUGUCUCAUUUUCAAAGUCCCAAAUUCAAGAUAAAGAGAAGGAGCUCAAGAGAGAGUAUAAGAUGCUUAAGGAGGUCAGGAAACAAAGUGGGACACAUUGGAAUGAGCACAAGUGCAUGAUAGAAGCAGAACAACCCAUUUGGGAUAACAUCAUCAUGUCCUUCCCUAAAGCUAAGAAGUUUCAGACUAAGCCUUUUCCUCUCUUUGAUGCUUUGGGAGAGUUGUAUGAUGGCCAUACUGCUGAGGGAACCAUGAAUUUUACCUCUGUUGAGCCAACCCAACCUAGUAUCACACAAGUCAAUGAUGAUGAGGCACAAGACAUGGAGAAUGACCCGUCUCAUGGUGUACAUGAUGAGGAGGAGGAGGAAGAGUUGAUGCUACUGCAUCAAUCAGAAUUCAGAAGUGCCUCUUCUUCCUCAAGAAGUCUACUCCAAGAGAGAGAGGAUGCUGCCCCAAGAGAGAAAGGGGGAAAGGUUGGGCAAAAACGCAAGCAAACUGUAGAUAUGGUUGAUAUGAUGGGGAAGUACCUGAAAGCUAAAACAAAGCAAGUAGAGGAGGAGGCUGCAGAACAAGCUAGGGCUAAAACUAAGGCACAAGAGGAUGAUUUUUCCAUCAAAGCUUGCAUUGCCAUUGUGAACACAAUGCAAGAACUAUUACCCGAUGAGAAGGCUGAUGCUUUUGAUGUUUUCAAGGAUGCCCAAAAUAGAGAGAUAUUCAUGAAUGCUGCGCUUGCUUUUGCUUGA